AUGAACAAAGAAGCUAGGCCGCCAACGGAAGUUUGCAUGUUCGACUUGGGGUCGGAUUGGUGCGAGGCGUUGUCAUGGUUGUGCGAUGUUUUGCCGGAUGAUCAGCCAGCGGGAUCGAUCUGGGGAUCGUGCAUCGAAAUGGUUGCCAAGGCGUGGGGGGAGUCCCUGGGUAACAUCACACGUUUGAGGGUAUUGAACGAUGUCAGGGCGAAAAACUCGUUGCGGUGGCCAAAACGCAAUCAAUGGAAGGGUAUGCCACUUCCAACAAUGACUCCUCCAAAGCAGCAGUGGAAAAUAAUCCCAGUCGGUGCAGGCAGAAUGCAUGUGAUGGCGGUUCGGAAUCAUCCGGUCUGGGUGGAAACACGUUUGGUCGUAUGGCAGGAUGUGGCAUGGCUGAUGAUGGGGUAG